ACGAUGAUUUCAUUUUGCCUUGAGCGCUGGCUAGGGUUGUUGAAGUGUUUUGCAUUGUUGUUUGGCGUGUUGUUCACCUUAACUGCUUAUUUACGGAAACGCAAUAGUUUUGUGUUAGUGUCUAAAUUGAAAAUUAUAAAUAAAAUGUAGAGUAAAAAAAAUUGAUUUCGUUAUCAGUGGAGACGCCGCCAAAGUUAAAUCAGAAAACAGAGCACAGAGUUAAAUACAGUGACAAGAGAUACGAAACGAAUCUUUUUAUCAAUUUUAUUACGCGAGAAUUGUACAAAAGGAAAAUAAACGAAAAAAAAUCGAAAUCGGUGUGACAGACAGACAGUCAACAGUAACAACAUUGUAAGCAGCAGCAGUAGCAGAAAAACUUGAAUUGAAAGCCACAGAUAUGGAGUCUCCACCUAUGUUCAACAGCGUCGAAGAUGAAUGCCGAUAUUGGAAAGAACGUGCUAAACUUUAUCACAAAGAGUGGACAGAUGUAAAACAAGAAUACGAUGAAUAUGUAGAACAAUCAAGACAAAUGGAAGCGGAAAUGGAUGCUACAAUCGAUCAAAAACUGGCUGUCAUUAAAGAUCUCAAAAUGAAAGUUAAUGUAUUAGAAAAAGAAAAUGAAUCAUUAAAGCUCAAAAUUGAUUCUCAUAAUUUAGAUUUUGCAAAUGUAGAAAAGCAAUUAGAGUCUGUGAAGAAAGAACGUGAUUCCAUGAAAGAAUAUUUAAGGCAGUUGGAACAAAAGAACGAUGAUUUAGAACGUGCUCAUCGUAUUUUAAACGAGAGCAUUGUAGAUUUCGAAAAAAUGCUCGAUAAAGCCUACGAAAAGAAUGCACUGCUCGAAUUGGAAGUGGAUGAAAAAGAAAUGUUACAAGAAAAACUGCAAAGACUAAUGGAUGAAACGAGAGACUUAAAACAAGAGUUAAAUAUUAAAGGACGAUAUUCACAAUCAAAUGGCGCGGUUAACAAUGCAAUUAAUACAUCAACUGGAAGUAUACCAAAUGGUAUAGCUGUAAGUUUAAGUGAUCUGAAAAGUUAUGAAUCAUCUACUACAAUUAACAGUGGCUCAAUGAACAUUAACGAAUUGAAUGAACAGCAAUCGUUAAAAAGAAAAAGCUAUCAAGAUCCUGAUAAUCUGCUUAAUGGCAAUGCAAUGACUGCAAGUUCCCGCACAACUGCAUUAAAUAUUGUCGCAGAUAUGCUAAGAAAAUUAAACUUGGAUAAAGCACUUUUGUGUCCUCAUUGUGAAAAGUUUCGUUGCAUUUGUGAUCGUCCUACAGCCACUCUAGAUCAAUCCUAUUCUUCACAAUCCAAUUCUGUUUCUAAUAACCAGAAUCGCUUAAGCCGCAGUUUUACAAAACAAUUUGGUAGUAAUCACUCGGUCAACACACAUACGAACACAUCCAUAACACAACUAACAGAUGAUGAAUCUUUAGGGGAUUCCUCUGCCAGCGCAUCUGCUGCUUCGCUGCUUAGGACCUCAAACCAUAAUAGUACAAAUUUAAAUUUUGGUACAAAUAUUUUUAAACGCUUUGCUGAACGUAUGAGCGGGAAUUCGAAUUUAUUUGCCACAUCAACGACGUCAAAUAGUACGAAUACGAAAUACAAGGACGAUUCCAAAAACGAUACAUAGAAUUAUAAAUAUACAGCUUUUUUUUAUUUAUUUAAAUUUUACGCUUAUUUAUAUAUAC